AUGGGAGAUCAGAAAGAGCCGACAAUGGUGCACAAAUCCACUUCGUUCAGCAUCAAGAGUCUGCUGUUUCCAUCUAAGUAUGACAACCUGGGGUCGGGAGUCCCAGAGAAAAGGACUCUUCCAUCAGGGUCUGAUUCAGAAAAAUCCCUCGAUCCAACGGAAAUGGAAACUGGACCGUUCAACCAGGAUACCCAGAAAGAGGGGGACGAAGGUACCGGUCGACCGACAGAACAGAGCAAAAACGGAAAAUAUGACAAGCCACCGUUUAGUUACAAUGCUCUGAUCAUGAUGGCCAUUCGGCAAAGUCCUGAAAAGCGACUUACUCUGAACGGCAUCUAUGAGUUUAUCAUGAAAAAUUUCCCAUAUUAUAGGGAACAUAAGCAGGGCUGGCAGAACUCGAUCAGGCAUAACCUGAGCCUCAAUAAGUGCUUUGUAAAAGUUCCGAGGCAUUACGAUGAUCCAGGUAAAGGGAACUAUUGGAUGCUUGACCCUUCGAGUGACGACGUUUUCAUCGGUGGAACUACAGGCAAACUUAGGAGGCGGUCGGCUACCUCCAGGGGUAAACUGGCCAUGAAGAGGGGGCUCCGCUUUGCUCCGCUGAGUUUGGGAUUGGGUGACAGGGCGAGCAACCCAUUGUACUGGCAGAUCUCGCCCUUUUUAUCUUUGCAUCACCCUCAUUACAACGGAUCUACACCCGGAUUUCUGAACCAAGGGCACGCGUACGGUUCCCUACUUUCCGGAGUUGAACAACUGGGUAACGGAGAUCUGUCCCGCCCGGUUCUGGGAGGAUCUGCCGGCGGGAUCAGUUUGUCAAGUGGAUACGGUGUGAGCACGUCUCCCGUUGGUAUACUAUCGGGACACAAUGGUUAUUUCGUAUCCGGGACCCAGCACUCUCAGCCUCUACAAAGUGGAGCUGGGUACGGGGUGUCCUGCAGCUCUCCAUCGACUCUAAUUUCGGAAACACUGAGAACUUCACUACCUUCUUUCACUCCGGGCGUUUCAACUGGAUUCUCGGGAGUUUUGUCCCAUCAAAAAAGAGUUAAUUCUUUCUUAACCUGA